AUGUCCAGCGAAAAACAACUCACCCAUUUGAAGCUAGAACGCUUCGGAACCGUGUUGCGUGUAACGAUCAACAAUCCGCGCAAAAAGAAUGCCCUCAACAGGCAAGCAUACCAGGACCUCGCCGAUACCUUGAAUUCAGCGAACCACGAUGAAAGUGUUAACGUGGUUGUUUUAACCGGAUCGGGCGACUUCUACAGCUCCGGUAACGACAUGGUGUCAGCAGCCACGGAAGAAGGAUCUAUCGAAGAACGGCUUGCACGAGGAAAUGCUAUUUUGCGCGACAUGGUCCGAGCGUUCAUCUCGUUCGACAAACUGUUGAUUGCUAUCAUAAAUGGACCGGCCAUUGGUAUUGCAGCCACCACCGCGCUCCUGUGUGACGUUGUUUACAUGGCAGAAACGGCCUAUUUCUACACUCCAUUCACCAAGCUGGGCCUUUGCGCUGAGGGGUGCUCGUCGUACUCGUUUCCAUUGCUUAUGGGUCGAAGCAAGGCGUCCGAAAUGCUUCUGCUAAACCAUCGGAUGUCUGCGCAGGAGGCACUGAGCUACAACGUAGUGGCAGCUGUGGUCAAACGCGAUGAAAUCGAGACCAAGUUGUGGCCCCAGAUACUGGAGCACGGCAAACUUCCGAUUGGGUCGAUUAAGGCCGGCAAAAUGUUGAUAAAUCGAUUCCAGCGCGAAAAGCUGCACGAGGCGAACGAUCGUGAAACCGAGGCUCUAAUGGAUCGCUACCAAACCGAGGAAUCCCUGAAUGCUAUUAUGGAGUUUAUGAUGCGAAAAAGCAAAAUGUAACCAGUCAUCGUGACAUGAUUCGAAUGUAUGAAAUACA